AUGACGGAAUCGUCGUCGCCGCAGACUCCGGGUCGGACGGUGUGCACGGGCGUAAGAUCGCAACCGGAUAAGCCUCAUCAACGGUUGCCUCCGAACAGGCGAAGGCAUAAAGUUUCCCCUGCGAAUCGUCAGCGCGUGGCGUGCGCCUGCAAUCCAUGUAAUGUGCGACGCAUCAAGUGUACAGGAGAACGGCCUUGCAAGGCCUGCGCUCGCAACUCCAGAGAGUGUAUUUACCCCGAGGUGACCGAGCGGGUAUAUGUCUCGAAGGAUGAACUCGAGGCUUUGAAGAGAGAAUGCGCCAUUCUCAGGCGUUGUCUCGAGGAGAUCGUGCCAUCGCAAUCUCAAAGAGAGGCUCUCAUUCGGAAAUGGAGCGAGGCAGUCUCCCAGUCAGCUGAUGAGCAAGACGAGGAACGUGACCCCCAGGACCUGCCAAAGGGUCGCAUCCUCAGAUAUUCUGACACCUAUGCGAGGUUCCACGGGGCCUCCGCUGGAGGCGUCUUCAUUGACCAGCUCCGUGCACUUGUCGCCAUGGUGCUUCCAGCUCUUGGAAGCUCUCCAUCCCCAUUGGGGGAAACAGAGAAAUCCUUUACGUCUUUCCUGGGCCGCAUUCACACGUAUGAUUCGCGGCCGAUCGAAUUGAAUGAAAUUAACCCCUUGGAGCUGCCGCCAUUUGAGGAAAUCGCGGGUUUGUUGGGGGCGUUCUGGGGUUAUACAGAAGACAGGAAUGACCCAUUUGGCUGUGGUGGCAUUUAUUACUGGGGUGACCUGAGAGAUAUCCUCCAGCACGCUGCGCCGGCCUCGAGGGGGAGACCCGACAAAGGGCUUAUGCCUGCUCAACGCGACUCUGGCGCUGGCUUGCCAGCAUUGACGUUUAUGAGUUACUACCUCCUGGGCAGUGGCCGCAGGGAUACGGCGUACAUAUACAUAUGCGCUGCCAUGAGAAUUGCCAUGACUCAUGGAUUACAUGAGGGAUGGGUGGCGAACGAGAAACAGAAGAGAGAGUUCUGGAAUAUGUUCAUUCUCGACCGCUGGCUCAGCUGUCUCACCGGAAGGCCAUCGAGUAUAACAAACGAGGCCCUGAUCCUCGGUCUCCCUGAGAGGCCUGUUGGACAGGAUGCCAACGAUCUUCCGCCCCCCGACGGUCUGAGAGCUCAUGUAGAACUGGCAUUUAUUAUGGGCGACAUCUCGUCUAAGAUAUACGGAGCUUUUUCACGGAGGCAAUCACUGGCCACGAUCGUCUGUCAUAUCAAUGAUUGUUUGCAAAAGUUGUCAGAGUGGCUCAAUUCUCUACCGUCCACAGUUCGACUGACCAUGGCUCCGUCGGCUGAAAAUCGCAACAAGAUAAUUCUCCAUUUGAUAUAUAACCAGCUCGUCCUUUUGUGUACCCGUCCACUGCUAUUUCUUGCCGUCAAGACGAGACUGAAAUACUAUUUUGUUGAUGCAACGCACAGCCAGCGAUUGCAAUUUCCCGACUCCUUGGUCGCUACAUGUGUUGAUGCGGCCCGACGCAAUGCGGAAUUAAUAAGCGGUCUAAUGGAAUCACGUCUUGCCGCCAUGAUGUUGACACUACGCUAUCACUACUCAUUCAGCGCUGCCACCGUUCUGGCGCUUGCCCUUCUCUUGCCGCAGCAUGCUCGGAUAGAAGAUGCUCGACUCAUCGAGAUGCUGCUACAAGAUCUGAAAAACCCGGGCCAGAGUGAGAACGAAUGCUCUUUGGACUGUGCGAAGAUGAUUGCGGAACUUUACCCCGUCGUCGAACGGCUGCGACGCCUCACUUUUAUGUCCUCUCGCCCCCCAGAUUCUCGGGAUUCGGGAGAUUCGAAGUACGACCGAGAUGAACAGUCAGAUACAAUACGUGACUAUAUCAGAAAUUUUUGGCCCCUUGUCAGUCUGCGUGGAACUAAGCUUUACAAAAUACGAACUAGGUUGCCCGAAUACGAGGACAGGGCUUUUUUCCAGGCACCCGCGACUCCGGACUCCCUAUGA